CGCCCCGUUUGGAAGAUGAGGACAAGGAAGCUACUUUACCCCGCAGAAAAAGUCUGGGUGGACAAGUACAAGUAUGACGAGGCAGAGAGGCUCCACUAUGAGCGGGAAGCAACCUUAGCAGCUUCCGCUGCCGGGGCCUGUCAAGAGGUGGUGGCGGUGAACGGCUUCUGCCACGAGGAGGACCCUGUGGAGGAAGAGGUGAAGGGAAACCUGUGGAGGGCAGGAAGCAGGAAGAAGCAAAAGAAAAGGAAGUGCUCCCCCAAACGCAAGUCUUUAGACCCCAAAGUGGACUUUGUCCUGGCUGGGUUACUGGCCGACCGUGUCUGGUUUGACAAACCUCUCUUUGACCGGGCGGAAACAGCUUACAGGAAGAAGCUUGCCGAAAUGUUGUUGAAGGAGGCUUCUGAGGGGCUCACGGCCGCUGAGCAGUCUGCGCUGGUGCCCUGGUCGGAGGCAGAGGUCCUCCAAGGUGAUAGGAGGCCACAGAGAAACCUGGCUGCCUUGCCCUGUGCCCAUGGCAGCCUGAUGGCCUGCCACCACAUCAUCCAGGAUGCUUGGGUCAACAAGUUCAACUUUGACGACGCUGAGAAGCUGUUUGUCGAAAAAUCCCAGUUGGCUCUACCACAGACCCUGGACCUCUCAUCCACGCCAUUGCACAGCAGUAGUGGACUAACACCAGAUGAAGGCUAUGUGACUGCGCUGCCUACUCCUUCAACACCAGCCCAGCCUGCAGAUAUCAUUGUGGAUACCGGUGCGUCCCCAAAUCUGCCUGAUGCUUUGAUCCAGCCGGUGAAUGGCAAGCCUCAGGUGUCGAGUUUGCAGGCGCUGAUCUCGGAGGUGUGGCUGGAAAAGCCUAUCUAUGAUGACGCAGAGAGAUGCUUUUACACAAACAUGUUUGACGGGCACCCUCCGGGAAAGGUGAGGUUGCAGGAGUGUGGGCGCCCAGAGUCUUCCAAGAGGAGCCGGAAGGACAAAAAGGGCCGUAGCACGGGGAAGCAGGCAGCAGCAGGCAAGAGGGGAAACAACAACAUCUCCGCAACGGCACCUCCAGAUUCUGCCCUCUCACCAGCCACCUGGUAUUUCAUGCACAAGGACAGCGAGUCUGCGUGGCUCAGCAAACCCACCUAUGACAGUGCUGAGGCGCAGUACUACAUCUUCAGAGCCUCAAAGCUGGCAAGCAAGCAGGAGAGCGCCGGAAUGCCCGAAACCAUGCUAGCAAAGCCAUCUCAGCCAGCUGCUCUCACUUCAAGUGCACCAGAGUCUCAUGCUAAAAACAUGGCCGCCAGCUUCCUCAUGCAUGAAAAGAUCUGGUUUGACAAGUUCAGAUAUGAUGAUGCUGAGAAGAGAUACUAUGAACAGAAGAACGGUCCAGCUGCUAGCCCCUCCUGCCAGCAGGAGAACGGAGCCAGCACGAUCCUACGCGACAUUGCCAGAGCCAGGGAGAAUAUCCAGAAGUCGCUGGCCGGACUCAAGACAGUUUUGCAAAACCCCCACGAAGCCCCUCCAGCACGUCGCAAGAAGCAGUCAGGUCGUGCGACUAGUGUGAGCAGCACGUCUGCAGCAGGACCGGCUGGGGACCAAAGUGAGCUGGUCACCAGGAUCGCGACCCUGGAGGCAGAGAAUCAAAACCUUCGUUGUGUGGUUACAGACCUUCAGCUUGCCAUCUCCAGACUUGAGAACCGCCUGAGCCUUCUGGAAAAAUCAUCUACCUCUCAUCACCCUUCACCGCCACCACCGACACAGCAUGUCACUCCCAUGAAGAAGGUGGAGCCGCUGACCCAUUUAUCAAGGAAAGUUGAGCUGCCUUCUGCUUCGUCUACAAGGAAAGCAGAGUCCUCCACGGCAGAGGCUGCAGAUGAGGACGAUGACGACAUCGACCUCUUUGGUAGUGACGAGGAGGAGGAAGACCAGGAAGCUGCCAGAGUUCGAGAAGAGCGGCUCAAGCAGUAUGCAGAGAAGAAGUCCAAGAAACCUGGCCUGAUUGCCAAGUCUUCCAUCCUCUUGGAUGUCAAGCCAUGGGACGAUGAGACGGACAUGGCCAAGAUGGAGGAAUGUGUCAGAUCUGUUCAGAUGGAUGGUCUGGUUUGGGGAGCCUCAAAGCUGGUCCCGGUGGGUUAUGGCAUCAAUAAACUCCAGAUCCAGUGUGUGGUGGAAGAUGACAAAGUUGGGACAGAUAUACUGGAGGAGGAGAUCACCAAAUUUGAAGAUUACGUGCAGAGUGUUGACAUAGCUGCUUUCAACAAGAUCUAACUGCAAACCUUUACACUUUCUAAAGCUAAUAAAAGGUCAAGAGUUGGAGAGCA